ACGACGACGACGAUGAUGACGAAGAGCGCCGCGGCGGCAGCGGCAACGGAGGGCGAGGGAGGCUGCGCUGGCUAUAUGUAGCCCCGAAUCUUAGCCGGGGCAACUAUUGCGCCCGAAAUUGCCGAAGCGAACGCAACCCCUACGCCGCUCGACGUACACGCCACCGAUCGGAUUGUAAUCCUUCUUCCCGAUAUCGCGAUCAUCGGACUUAUCUUCAUCCUUCUUGCAAAUAAUACUGCAGACAGUCGGUGCGACGAGUGUGUUUGUGAGUCUUGUAUUGUAUAAGUAUGACUUGUGUGCAUUGAGAAGAAAAAUCGAGGAAGACGAGGAAAAUGCCGCGAGCGUUCCUGAUCACCCAUCGCAGAUAUAACGGUGCUGAAGAAGAGAUCGGAGGGUCUGAAAGAGAUUUUAGUCCCGAGAGAAGCGUGAGACUGGCCGAUUACAGCGGCGGUCAGCCAACUUCUGAUGGCGCCAGCGAGUGCGGCAGCGAGACAUCGUCCGAAUGCCCCGAGGAGCUAUACAAUCUGACGAAAUUGGCGGAAGUGAGCCUGGCAGCAGCGGCAGGUACUCUGAUUCAUCACAGCAAUGUCAUCUACCAACGACCGAUGUCACCGAAAGUUGCGCAGUAUCCUGCAGAGAAGAGCAGGUCCCUGGCGUCUCGAUCUACUGCCCAGGUAAUGGAAAAUCAGGAUCAAGUCUUGGACGAACGAACGAGGCUUUUCUUCGAACGGAUCGAAACCGAGAAGGAGAUCCUGGAGAGUCGAUCCGAGGAGAAUACCACCUUGGGGCUUCGUCUUUCACCGCGACAUCCCUCCUGUUCCUUGCAGGAAGAGCCGAGCUUCUCGAAAAUGCCGAUAGUUUCUAGCGUCGAUCCAUCGCCGGUGUCGUUAUCGUCGACCGUGUCCCAAAGUCGGAGAACGAUCGCUGCGGAGCCCAAGGCGGAAGAGAACGAAGAUCACGAAUGUCCCGAUUGCGGCAAGAAGUACUCGACUUCGUCGAAUUUGGCUAGACAUCGUCAAACGCACAGGUCGCUGGGCGAUAAGAAGGCCAGAAGGUGCCCGCACUGCGAUAAAGUCUACGUCAGCAUGCCGGCAUUCAGCAUGCACGUGAGGACUCACAAUCAGGGAUGCAAGUGUCAUUAUUGCGGCAAAUGCUUCUCUAGGCCGUGGUUGUUGCAGGGACACAUACGUACGCAUACAGGCGAGAAACCUUUCAAAUGCACCAUUUGCAACAAAGCUUUUGCCGACAAAUCGAACUUACGGGCUCAUAUACAAACACACUCGAAUACGAAACCUCAUGUGUGCGGUCGUUGCGGCAAGGCUUUCGCGCUAAAGUCUUACCUUUAUAAACACGAGGAGUCAUCCUGUAUGCGUGCCCAUCAUCGAUCGUCCACGGAAAAGUCCGAUCAAAUCGAACAACAAACGACAUCGCUAUCGGUGAAAUCGAGUGCUCCAGUACUAUCGUCCUUGAGUAGACCGCAGACGACGCCAUGCGGCAUUACAGCAUCGCCCACCAGCGUCAUAGUUCCUCGAUUAGGACUCGAUCGAGACCAAAAGGGUCCAUCGUCGGCAUUCUCCGCGAUCAUCAGGCAUACCAGAACGACGGACGUGGCGAUAUCAUCGAAGCGAUCCUGCAAAGAGAGAACGCCCUGUCCGAAUGAUUCGAACGAGGAGAAGCAGAGCCCCGAUUCGGCGGCGAAGGAUUCGGAAUACGUGUCCAGGAUGGUCAUCAGGACGUCGGUGAUAUCUCCUAAUCCGGAGCAUCUGCAUCUGCGUUUCGAAAACGAUGUUAAGAGUUCCUCAACUACGUUCGAUUAUUCCGAUUCGACGAGAUCUUCGGCUUUCUCGAGAUCUACCGGGAUGACUUUAAAUUUGGCCAUUGCUUAAGAAUUAAUCGGCACCUGUAAUUAGAUCGAAUCAGUCGUGUUAAAAAGAUACGGAUUUGACUUCAUGCUUACUUUCGUACGAAAAAUUCCACAAUCAGAAAUUCUUUUGAAUUCAUUCAAUUAGAAAUUUGUAGGAAUUUUAGAAUAUUUUAUCUAGAGAGAAUUUCAAAUCUAGAGUUUUGACGAAAAAUUAAAGCAAAGGAUUCUUUUAGCAGCAGGAAUUUUUUAAAUCA